UUUUUUAUGUACAUAAAUGUACAUAAAAAAAAUCUUGGUUUACUUCUGUGCUUCGUUACAGGAAUAAGCAUGUCAUGUAAUUAUGCUGAUGGACUAUCCGAUUACCAAAAUAAAGGUGUCCUGGGAGUUCCCGAAAUAUUCGACGACGAUGAAAUUGUGGAAAAAAAAUGUGAACAACUGGCCAAAUUAAUUCUGAGUGCCAAACAUGUUGUGGUUCACACCGGAGCUGGAAUCAGUACCAGUGCUGGUAUUCCGGAUUUCCGGGGACCUAAAGGGGUAUGGACAUUGGAAAAGAAGGGUGAAAAACCUUCAAUAAAUGUAUCUUUCGAUGAAGCUCUGCCUACCAAAACUCACAUGGGACUCAAAACGCUGGUUGAGGCUGGAUUUGUGAAAUACAUCAUCAGCCAAAAUAUCGAUGGGCUGCAUCUGCGGUCAGGACUGCAACGCAAAUAUCUGGCUGAGUUACACGGCAACAUGUUCAUCGAGCAGUGCCUCAAAUGCAGACGGCAAUAUGUCAGAAACAAACCGGCACCAACCGUUGGGAAGAAACUAACCGGGGAGCUAUGCAAGGGAACAAAGAACUCCCGAGCAUGCCGGGGAGGCAAUCUCAUAGACAACAUUCUGGAUUGGGAGCACGAUCUACCGGAGAGUGAUCUGGAUUUGGCAUUUAUGCAUUCCACAUUGGCGGAUUUGAAUAUUUGCCUCGGGACAACGCUGCAGAUCGUUCCUAGUGGCAAUCUGCCACUUCGGAAUAAGCGUUAUGGUGGUAAAUUAGUGAUAUGCAACUUGCAACCGACGAAGCAUGACAAGAGAGCCGAUCUAAAAAUAUCAACCUAUGUAGACACAAUUAUCGAGAAGAUUGCUAAACGUUUAGGAGUGGAAAUUCCAAACUACACAAAGGAAUUGGACCCCACCAAAGCGGAACCGUGUUCGUUGGAGUGGACUAUUUCUACUGAAGACGUCAAACACUUGGACAAACAUUAUUCGAAGACUAUUCGCGAACUUUCUAAGAAAAACAAGAAGGGUUCCAAUGACGGUAACUGCAAGGAGGAAGACGUUGACGAUUUUGACUUCAAAAACAAAAAGUUCAAGAAGGAAAAAACGGAAAACAAGGAAGCAAAAGAUGAUGAUGCUGAAGUGAAGUCAGAAUCGAACGUUGUUUCUGGUGAAUAAACAUUCAUAGCUAUUUCUAUAUUUUGACAAGGUAGGUAACUUUUAUCCGAACUGUUUCAUAGUUUGACGACAAAACUAGGUUUAGGCUAUCUUGAAGUAUGAUGAAGCGUGAUAUAACUGCGGAUUAUGAUAAUUACUCAAAAUGGUCGUCAAGGACUCGUUAUUUGUACUUAUCUUCCAGUCCAGCUUCCAUUGCGCUAUCAGUUUAUUUCACGUUUCAGUAUCCAAAUUCUCCUUACUUUAGAAAAGAAUAAUAUUGUAACUUUCUUCAGUCAUGAAUUAGAUGUGUACAUAACAAGAAAUAUGUUUAAAAAUAUAAUCUGAAAAGAGGAAUACAAACGAUAAUUGCAUUCAGCUAC